AUGGACGUGAACUCGAUUGAUUCCAUGGAUUUCGAAGACUUGGAUGUGUUGGAAGCAUACCGGCGAUCUAACAUACCUCGUAAUCGCGUGAAUCCAUUUGAUUUAAAUGAUGAUGAAUUCCGGUAUAAAUAUAGGUUCAACAAGAGGUUUGGAUUAAAAAUAAUUGAUUUAAUACGCGACGAUUUAGCUUACGAUACUCGUGGACAGGCUCUUAGUCCUGAGUUGCAAGUAGUUUGCGCGAUACGCAACUGGGCUCGUCAUGAAAUUCAAGACGAUACUGGUGAUUUGCAUGGAGUAUCCCAGUCAGUAAUAAGUAAAACAUGCAAAAAAAUAGCAAGCAUUUUAGCACAUAUGUCUCAAAGAUAUAUAAAAAUGCCUACAACUUUGGAUGAACAAGAAGAAAGCAUGCGGAAAUUUCGUAGCAUUGCCAAUUUCCCAAAAAUAAUAGGCGUAAUAGACUGCACUCAUAUUCAGAUUAAAAAAAUAAGAGCUGAUGGAGGUCUAUUGUACAUUAAUCGGAAAGGAUUUCCAUCAAUUAAUGUACAGGUAGUCUGUGAUGCAGAUCUCAAAAUCAUGGACAUUGUGACACGAUGGCGUGGCAGUGUUCAUGACUCUAGAAUCUUCAGGGAGUGCCGUUUGAAACAGAGGUUUGAAGCUGGUGCAUUCUCUGGCUUACUCCUAGGUGAUAGUGGCUAUCCCUGCACACCAUAUCUUUUUACCCCAUUGUUGAACCCACAAACAGAGGCAGAACAAAGGUACAACAGGAGCCACAUUCGCACCAGGAACACCAUUGAGAGAUGCUUUGGUUUGUGGAAACAACGAUUCCGCUGCCUGCUAAGAGGCUUGUAUGGGGAUAUCGAAACCGCCAGGAAGACUAUUGUUGCAUGUGCUGUUCUUCACAAUAUAGCCAUUGACAUGAAGGAAGACCUAUUUCCUGGUGAAAGGCAUGUUCAUACUGAAAAUAAUAUACCAGUGCAACCAUAUGUUGCAAACCCUAUUAGAGGAAAUAUAAGGAGAAGGCAGUUUAUUGAAACAUACUUUUCAUAA